AUGACUGUCACUCUCGAUAGCGAUAAGAAGGAUGAAGAAGUCGAGAUGCCUGUUAAAAGCGACAAGGACAGCUUCAGCGCGAUGGAGGCCGUUGGAAUGGACCGUGCGUUAGAUAACAGCGAAAGCUACCGCAACAAUGAUUUGGGUCCACAAGGACGAUGGAGGAACGGACUCUGCGAUUGCUACCAAGUCAUUUUAUGCACACCGAUGUGUAUCAUGGCCACCUGCUGUAGCACCAUUGAAUUGUCCCAGGUCAUGACUCGACUGGGCCUCGAUUGGUGUGGCAACCCGGAUCCGGCCAAGGCGGCUGGAACGUUUGCCACCAUUGUGUUGAUCAUGCUCUGCUUUUGGGCCAGCUCUGUCAUGCUGUUUGGGUUGGUGACAGUGCCUUGUAUGAUUGUCUAUUCCGUUACCAUUUAUACAAGAACUCGUUACGAAAUGAGACGACAUUUCCAAAUCAACUCGCAGUACUGUCAUUGGUGUCACGGAGCGGCCGAAGAUUGCGCAAUUACGUUCUGUUGCCAGUGCUGCGCCACCAUUCAAAUGGCACGACAUACCCAUUACGAACAUCGCUACCACUACAAAUUCGAUACAAUCACCGGUCUUCCAGAGGAUGCUCCCAAACUUGUAGAGUUUGACGAGCCAUAG